ACGAAAAUAAAAAUAAAUCGAAAGUUUAAUUUCUAAAUAUGGAACAACCAACACAUCAUAUUUACCUCUCGCUCUGUUGUAUUUUUGUUUUUAUGCUCAUCACUAUUAUUUUUAGUCACUAUUGUUAAAACUGUAAGUGUAAAUAGCUAGUUGUCGAAUGUGCUGCUCUGAAAUAAAGACAAUACUGCAUUUUGAUAUUUGACAGUUUAAUUGCAAAUCAGUAUUAAGAUGAUCGUAUUGAAUUUUUGCACUGGUAUUAAUAAAUAAAAUAAUCCGGUCAGCUCCCCUGUCGUCCCCGCAUCUCAGAUCGUCAAAUGCUGACGAGAAAUGAUUGUUUGCGCUUUACGAUGUCGCCUUUCUACCCUUAUUAGUCUGUUAAGAAAAAUGUAGACAUAUUGCGACAUCUCCCGUGUCCGCGUGCGUUGUUUUGGGGCGCUUGAGUAGCGCAUGAUGGACGGAUUGACAUAAUUUGUCAAACCAACCAACACCUGACACGGAAAAAAAAAAUAAAACACUCGGAAAAAAUUGACAUGUAUAUACAGUUUCAUUGCAAAUCAGUAUUAUGGUGAUCAUACUAAAUAUUCUUUUUUUCUGUGCACAUAUGAGGUAAAUAUCGCUGCCAUGAAGCCUCCAUAUAGUGACAGUUCUUUGCCCCCUUCAUUGCCGUCACGCGACCGCAGCUCAGCUUUUGCUUGCCUCGUAGCUACCAGUGUUUUAAAUUACUGUAAAUUUGAUAGUAUGUCGUAAUAGGUAGUCCCGAGUCUGUUGAGAAAAGUAGUACACUAAACCAUGCUCGCUAGAUUUCUGUGGUGUUUUUGUCUUUUUGAGCUGCAUUUGAUAGGCUCCACGUUAACAAAUAUGUGACAAAGUCCUUUCCUUUCAUUUUUUGAUUCGUUCACCGCAUAGUCAUUACUGGAAAGUCACGUUAGCUGCAAGCUAGGUCAGGAACCGGAGGACCGAGUCACUGAACGGGAAGUGACAAAACUCAGUCUUGCCCCCUUGCCUGCACGCUGGCUGCUUAUUGGCCACACAUGGAAGUGAGUGACAUACGCCCUGAUUCUGUUUCCGGUCCCUCCCCUGCCCGCGAUGAGGCUGGCGACUGAUUGGUCGUGUGCGAUGUCAGAAGAUGCUGCCGCUUGCUCAACGCCCUCCCACGCAGUGAACAAGCACCAACUUCAUAGAACGAAUCAGUGCAGAUGGUGAUUAGUUCGGUCUCGUUCACCCAAACAAUUCGUUCAAAAAGAACGAAUCGUUCGCGACCGAUACAACACUAUUAUCCACUUGGUCCUCUUUGCUUCUUAUCUCGACGACGUGUCCAGCAUUAUGGUCUAAAAAGUCCUUAGCCGAUCUUCGUCUCAGCAUUCGGAAAUCAAGUGGGGAAAAUGUCCGUGAGACCGGCUGGAGCAAACUUCUAGGAGCAUCUAGGUGGAGCUAAAGAGGAGCCCCCACGUCACCGACACUGGACUGUGUGCAAACUAAUGCACAAUAAGCUUGUUCUUAGCAGAGUAGAAGAUGUCAGCCGAGCCCCUCGUCCUGAGCACCAGGAGUCUGCAUGCAUCGAGGAGGAAGAGGAAGAAGAAAAGUUCGUACACAUUAAAGGUUUCAGAAAAUAUCUUGGUGCUGACGGGCAGGAGCCAGAAUCUCCUGGCGUUAAAGAGGAUGUUGAGCGCCCCCUAGUUAAAGAGGAGGAGCCAAAGUCCAGUCAACAGAUGCAACUUCCAAUCAAAAAGGAGGAGGAAGAGCUGCCAUACAUUGAAGAGAAGGGGCAUAUCACCAGGUCGACUGGUGAGCCCUUAAAGAGUGAAGAUGGUCUGAGUGAUGCCAGCAGAGGAGCAGAGCCUCUGAGAGGCAGCUGCUCAACAGAAGGAUUGCAAGCAGACAUUUUCAUCGCUCUGUCAGACCGAAAUGGUGCCACGUCACACACACCUUGCAAUGUUAAUGGUCAUAAGAAAUCUGACCGUGAGGACAAACUCUGCAAAUGCUCUCAAUGUGGGAAAACCUUUGCUAAUAAGCAAACUUGUCGUACUCAUAUGAGGAGGCACACUGGUGAAAAACCUUUUGUCUGCUCAGUUUGUGGUCAAAGAUUCACUGAAAAUCAAGGCUUAAAAAGACACACAAGAACCCACACUGGCGAAAAACCUUUUGUCUGCUCGGUUUGUGGUAAAAGGUUCAGUGGAAAGGAAAAGUUGAAAAUACACACAAGAACCCACACUGGUGAAAAACCUUUUUCCUGCUCUGUUUGUGGUAAAGGAUUCAGUCACAAGUGCACCUUAAAACAACACACAAGAACCCACACUGGUGAAAAACCUUUUGUCUGCUCCGUUUGUGGUGAAAGCUUCUCUGAAAAGGGAAGCUUAAAAAGACACACAAAAACGCACACUGGUGAAAAACCUUUUUUCUGCUCUGUUUGUGGUCAAAGAUUCAGACAACAGAACGCCUUAAAACAACACACAAGAACCCACACUGGCGAAAAACCAUUUUCCUGCUCUGUUUGUGGUCAAAGAUUCAGUCACAAGAGCACCUUAAAUGUACACACAAGAACCCACACUGGUGAAAAACCUUUUUCCUGCUCUGUUUGUGGUAAAAGAUUCAUUCAUAAGAGCAACUUAAAACAACACACAAGAACCCACAAUGGCGAAAAACCUUUUGUCUGCUCAGUUUGUGGUAGAGGAUUCACCGAUAAGCAAAACUUAAAAAGACACACAAAAAUCCACACAGGCGAAAAACCUUUUUCCUGCUUAGUUUGUGGUCAAAGAUUCACUGAAAAGCAAAGCUUAGAAAUACACACAAGAACCCACACUGGCGAAAAACCUUUUUCCUGCUCAGUUUGUGGUCAAAGAUUCAGUCAACGGAGCGCUUUAAAACAACACACAAAAACCCACACUGGCGAAAAACCUUUUUCCUGCUCCGUUUGUGGUCAAAGAUUCACUGAAAAGCAGAGCUCAAAAAUACACGCAAGAACCCACACUGGCGAAAAACCUUUUGUCUGCUCAGUUUGUGGUAAAGGAUUCACUGAUAAGAAAUACUUAAGAAGACACACAAUAAUCCACACUGGCGAAAAACCUUUUUCCUGCUUAGUUUGUGGUCAAACAUUCAGUCACAAGUGCACCUUAAAACAACACACAAGAACCCACACUGGCGAAAAACCAUUUUCCUGCUCUGUUUGUGGUUACAGAUUCGCCUGGAAGAAUCGGGUUAAGAGACACGUGUGUGUUGAUGUGAUAAGCAGUAGCCAAUGAUUGGUUUGCCUGUCAUCCAUGCUGGCUUCAUCAGAUAUUUUGCACACAGGAUGAUUGAAUUCUGUAGAGCUUCCUUAAAUCCUGUUGAGGAUUGGCACUUUUGGUGCCUUGCUUUGUCCAAUAGUUGUAUGAUGUAUAUCCACCCUAUUGCCUAAGCCUCAGCUGAUUGAACCCGCUCAAGUUUAUGUGCCUUCUCAGUUGUUUCCCUUUCAUUCCAGCACAUGAUUCAACUGGAUGGGCGGGGCUGUGCAACACACCUGUGGCGCAUUAGAAGCACUCAUUAUUUAAAGACUCCUGUCGCCAUAUGCAAGUGUUGCACUAUUGCUUAGUUUGUUUUACCUUACUAGUUUACUUUGUUUUUGCCUUUUCUGACUAUCGACACCUUCCCCUUGGUUGUCUCGCCGACUCGGUGCGUGCCUCUUUUUGUUUGUAUUUUUUCUCGUGUGUUCAGACGUGCUCUCUUGGGUUUUUUUGUAAUAAAUUGUAUUGUAAGUUCAUUGUUGACAGAGGAGGAGUUACCAUGGCGUAAAAACGAUUUUUUACCAUAAAAAAGCAAUGAAAUUUUCUAAAAACCAAUUUGAGGUCGAAAAUGAAAAUGUUUAUGAUUAUUGUUCUAUAAUAGUGCCCCGUGGGGAAAUUUGGCUGCAGAUUUUGGCUUUGGGGUCCAGACAGGAAAUCUUCAGUGUCUUCAAAUAGGUAGCAUAUGUUUUGUAGCUAUCAUAUUAUUUGUUGUUGCUGUUGAGCUUCUGCCGUGCAGAGCGCUGUUGGCUAUUCGUGUGCAAUUUAGUGUUGUGAAAAGGGGGCCGAGGCUUAUUCGACCUUUUAGUUUUCAAAAGUGUUUGUGUAUCAUUGCGCCGUCUAGCUGCGGGGAUUUGCAUUAUAAUACAUGGGUGCUUUUAUAUCCAAUACAAAAACUCCAACACACACUGUCGGUGAAAUGGAGCACUGUCUUUGUAGUAGCCUGAUAAUAGUACGUAAACUAUUCAGCAUGCGUGUCGUGUGUACUGCCUUGCAUGGAGAAAACACGCAAGCGUGACAAAUUUUGACCGAAUCAGCUGUUUUUGGAUGGGAAAUUUUAAAACAGAUCCUCGGCACCCCCUGCUGUGAGUGACUUCCAUUGCACCAUACCAGCCCCCGCCGAUGAAAAUCUCUCGACUUUACUUCGAACUUUAAAAUAUUUGUACCUCACAGACCUUUUUUAUUUUUAUUCAUAAUGAAUAUAUUGGUUUUGUUCAGUCCACUACAUUCAAAUGUAGAUUUCACAUUUAAUCCUGAUAUUCAGAGGAGGGUAGAGUGGCCAAAUUUUUUAAUCAAGUAAGAGAAGCGUUACUUCUAAAUAAUAUAACCCAAGGAAAACUACUUAUCCAAAAAUGUACUCGAGUGAAAAAGUAUUCGUUAAAAAGAAUACUCAAGAAAUGAGUAACAUUGUAACUGCUUCCAAUGUCAGUUUUUUUUGUGUGUGUAAAUAAUGAUAUUUAUCAAUUUAUUUAUGGUAUAUGGUAAAUGUUUUUUGUCUCCGCACAAUUUCAUUUACAUGAACUGUGAACUAUAACAUCCUGUAAUACAUGACCAUAUUAGUCCAAAAAGAUGACACAAAAACCAUUGAAUUCGAACCACAUUACAACACUAUGACAUAUGGCCCAUCCAAAAAGCAUGCGUGCCCUCUAGUGGAAAAAAACAUUGUUACCUCUGAUACUUCUGAGUGGUAUAAUGGAGUCAUGUGGUUAUUGUUGCGACGUCUCAUUGGUGAAACUGAGACAGCCAUAGUUGGCAUCUCUGGCAAAAAGUCAUUCUGUAGAAUAAAGGGGGACAAAUGUCAUGACGAGUUUUGCCCAAAGCAGCAGAGUAAGAGUAGUGUUUCUUCUUUAUAAACCUACUCAAGUAAGAGUAGAAAGUACUGUGUGGUUAAACUACUCCAAGAAGAUUGUUGUGUAUUUGUGUACUUUUAAAUUAGAACGCUCAGGCCGUUGUGGGUGAACACCAUGUAGCACACGUCUUUAUUCUCGCUACUUUUUGCACUGCCGCACACAUCAAAACACAAACAUAUAUUCCCGCACACCCAGACAUUACAUGUCAAAUAAGGAUGUGCUUCUCAGGGCAAACCAAUCGAUCUAGAAUUACAUCGAUCAUCCUAUCAAUAUAUUACAUCCUCCCUUUUUAGCUUGAGAGUAAUCACUUGCAUAAACACCACAGCUGUAAAUUAUGUCUUUGCUCUGUUAACACAGCCUUUUAAGCACAGUGAAUAAACAAACUUUUCAAAUGACUUUCCCUUUUUUUCCACUUUUUUUAAAAAAUUUAAACACUGAUGUUAACACAAGAACAAAUACUGUACGUAAUAUGCACAUGUAACUUUGAGUCUGAACGUGACUUAGAUGUGAGCACGGCAUAAGUAUCAAUUUA